CUCUAUCUGCAACAGUGAUGUGAAAACAGUGACCUCUGCUUCGAAACACAAAAACAUUUUCACGGACACCUGUAAGCUACAGCCUGCUGUGCGUUUUAACGCAUUAACGGCUCGUUGGUUGGAAAAUCCGCAGUGUCGGGGACGAAAACGCGAGUUGUUGCAAGGCUAACGUCUCUUUUGUUGUCCCACGUUUUACUUCUAGGCUACAAUCGAGAGGGUGUACCUGUAGUGUACUUUUUGUCAGGGAGAAAAUGUUAAGAUUACUCACGGUAAAAGUCAAGUUUGGUGUUUUAACGUAACGUCAGCUAACGAGCUAUGUUCGGUGCAAACGCGAAGAUGUCUCAAGGGGGGAGUGAUGUUGAAACGGAUGAAGACUGUGAGGAGCUGGUUGAUGAAAGCUUCUCUUUCUCUGCUGAUAUUUCUGAAAAGAAAACAAAGAUGAAGAGAUCAGCUGGCAAGCCUCCUCCUUCUCCAAGGUCUCCAUACCUCUCCAGUCUGAAUUUGAACACCAGGAGAGCAGCCGUGGCAGCCUGGAGGCUGCCAAGGGCCUCCCUGGGAGACACCAGGGGUGACACACCUGGGGAGAGCGUUUCAGCCCACCUCGCAUCCCUCAGCAACGGCCACGAUGUAUCCCAGACUCUGAGGUCAGAGUUUGAAGUUACACCAGAGCUUCUCAAACAGACCAUCAGCACGAGAAAACACAAACAUCUAAACUCUGGGUCCAAUGGCUUCUCUAACCAUACAGGUGACUACAGAGAGAAGGAGGACAUGUAUGAUGAGAUUAUUCGACUUAAGAAGAGUCUCCAUGCACAGAAGUCAGACAACCAGCAAAUGAAAGCCAAACUACGCCGCUUGGAAGAGGAUAACGCUAAAAGAGAGAAACAGAUAGAAGAACUGUUGGAUCCCACUAAAGGGCCUGACUAUACUCGCAGUUUUGUGGAUAAGAAAAAAGAGGGGAGUGUGGUUGUCAACGGUCUCAAACAGAGAAUCCUGAAGCUGGAGCAGCAGUGUCGAGAGAAAGAAAAUGCCCUGAGUAAACUGCAGAGUGAUCUGAGGACCACCAACCUGGAGGAGCUGAAGAUCACAGUAGAAACUUACUUUGAAGAGAUCAAAAGGCUGAGGAUUCUUCUCGAAGCUGCAGAGAAAAGUAACCGAGCAGAGAGUAAAUGUUCUCAGAGGCAGCAGAGAGCUUUGAGCUCCACGGUUCACCGUCUGUCCGAGGACCUGAAGCAGCUGCAGCAGGAGAACUCAGCACUCCGAGAGGAGCUCAACACUGACAGUCCUGCAGGAGGAGUCAAAGGUUACAGAGAGUGGAGUAAACAGAGACUGCUGAGGCGUCUGUUGGAAGUCGAGAAGAGGCUGGAGGACAGCAAAAGACACCCCCAGUCUCCCAAGAGCCACAGCCGAUUGGAUCAGGAGGUGCAGGCCACGCCGGAGGAGAUUCUGGGGUUUACCAUAGCAACAGAGGCAGUGGUUUCCGUGGGAAUAAUGACUGAGGAAUGGGAGGAGGUUUCUUAUCUGAGAGAACGCCUCAGCCAAUUGGAGAAGGAGAGGGCGGAUCUUGAAGAGAAACUGUCAAAUAAAGACGUUUUUGUUUUCAGUGAUGAGUUAAAAGGGCUGAGGACAGAAAGAGAAGAACUGGAGAAAGAAACUGAUCGAUGGAAAGAUGAAGAGACCAAGGAACGGGACAAAGAAAGACAGCAGCAAAAAGAAGAGCUGAAACAGUUGUGGGAGAGGAUCCAAACCCUUGAGGAAAGAAAUAAAGCUGCAGAAGCUGAGCUCUUGUCUCUCUCUGCCACAUCACCAGAAAACAAUAAAGAUAAAGAUGGCAGUCAGGCUGAUUCAGGUCUGGUGGCUGAAGAGGAUAGGAACACCAGAGGUAAAGAAGAGACAGAGGGUCAAGAAGAAGAAGAAUCGGCUGUAGAGGAAGAGAAGAGACAGAAAGCAGCGCUGGUCAUCCAGGCGAACUGGAAGGAGCACAGGAGAAGGGACAUUGUGAUGUUGCAAUCAGCGAUAAGAAGCCACCUCUUCAGAGAGGCACAGCUCAAGAACCUGCUGAAAGAUGCCCAGAAAAAGGCUGAAGAAGCACUAAGCUGCGGUGAUGUUAAAUCCUACACAGAAGGAGAGCCUGAUGCAGUUGCCUUAACAUUAAUACAGUCAGCAUUCAGGGGACACCUGGUGCGCCACAAGUUUGCAACAGAAAGCUCUGGAUUCUCUGUGCCUCCCCUGAUGGGUAAUGAUCUACCACGGCUGGUACCGAGAAGAGCUCGGUCAGCACAUAAACCAAGCAGAGCAGGUGAUGCAUCGCUCUCUAAAGGUGAUGAGAAGCAGGGUGACACAGAGGACCCUUUGCUUGUCUUCAGCACUGACUCCUCCAGGAAGACACCCAUAACAGAUCAAACCGAACUUCAUUGCACCACUGAGUCUGGUGGAGCCACUGCAGGUGAUUCUGAUGACUCAGAUGACAUCAUCGUGUCUCCGUCUCGGCCUAUGAGGAGAAGAGAAGUCCUGCUCUCGUAGACCCUCUAGGUUAUGAGUUAAGGAGUGGGUUUGUACUGGAUCAUAAUAAAUUGGGUUCUUAUUGAACCUGCAUAUGACAGCUAGGAUGUUUCCAUGUUAGUCAGGAUAAACAUUUAACACACAACAUUUCUUGGUAGCUUUUAACAGGAUUUAAUUCACAUUUCAGACAUGAAGAGUGGAAGUUAAGCGGGAUAGAAACACCUCACUUUGAUUACACUAAAGCAGUUUCAUCACAUGCAAAUAACACUGGGGAGAGCCCAUCUUAAAAAUCUGAUUCAAGACCGCUUGGCAUUCCUUCAGUUAUCUCUCAUCCAUAAUUUGGGAAUAACUUUAUUCAAAGCUGUUAUUUUCAUGAAUUAUAAUUUAAACCAAGUAGCCCUUUUCCAUAAAUUAUGUGCGUUCUUAAAAUAUGUUUUACUUUGCCAAAGUGCCUUUUGCACAGAUAUUCAGAUAACCGCAAUGCAUAUACUUCUCCUAAAGAGCAAACUCACCGCAAACUGCUCUGAAUUUUACAGCCUUGAGAUGACUAUGAGUGAGAUUUUGACACGCCUGGUUUGAAAUACGUAGCAGUCAUAUCACUAAUCCAUCAUGUUUGCUUAAUAAAUUAUGGCUGAUUCUGAGCUAUGAUCGAGGGCUGAUUCUCUACUGAUGCACUAUUGAGUCAAACUGUGAAUAAAUUAUAGAUCAGUCUGCUGCAAUACAGAACACACAGUCAGUAUGGUGGAGGAUACGUGGGGGGUAUGUCUAAUGCAAAUAAACAGACAUGAUAAUGGAAGGGCAAGAAAGGAAAGGGACGAGUGAAGGUUUCCCCACAUGAUGUGUGUGACUUUGAU